GUAGUGUAACUACUGCAUAGUUCAAAUAUUCAUACUAUCUAUACAAAAAAUUAAAUUUUUAGAUCAAUUUAACAACUUUUAAUUCGUUAUUAGAGUUGUUUCGACUUUCGAUUAACGCAACUAACUUCUCAAUUAUCCUUCCUUUUAAAGUACAAGAUUGAAUCACAACUCAUAUCAUAGUAAUAGUAUGCCUUAAUUCUCAUAAAAAAAUUAGACAACACAAAAAAGAAACAUUCUAAGAUUUACUUGAAUUGUGCUAACAUUAGUUAUGAACCACCUAGUGCAAUGAUCAUUCAGUGCAAACAACAUAUAAAUAAUAAAGCAUCGUGAUUCGUCAUAACUAAAUCAUUAACGUUGCCAAGUUUUCAAAUAAAGUAUUUAACCUUACAUUACAGUUCGAAUUAGACUGACGAGCUACGUUCUUGCAGUUUAAACAUGGACAUCUUUGAAAGAGUCUAUCGUAACUUAAUGAGAAAAUUAAAUGAACUACCUGUAACGGUUAAUAAAACUGUUGACAUUGUUAAUAAAUCUCUUAAUAAUGUAAGAGUACCUCCAUUAACAAGAGAUAAUGUACUUUAUUAUUAUAUACCCAUGCAAGGGCUUGUUAGUUACACAACAUUGUCAGUGAGUGUUAUGAACCCACAUCUAAUGGUCAGAUUAUUUCCUCGUCGAGAUAUCACAGACAUCCUAUUCUUGUCAGCGGGUGGUGGAGCUGGGCUUUGGCUCUGGUCUAGACCUCAUGUAGCUGCUGCAGCACCAGCUAGACGGUUUUCUUGGGCGUUUUUAGGUGGUUGUCUUUGGCCACUAGGAUCAAUAUUUCUAUGGGCAAUUCUAAGAAGUUCUAUUGGCCAAAGACCUGUUAUUGGUACUAUUGUUGGUGUGUCAACAGGAGCAAUGCUCACCAAUAUAGCAGUUGACUAUUUCCAAUAUAUAGAACUCAUGUUUUGUGGAGAGAUUCGGUUACCUGAUGAAACAUACAGUCCAAAUAGUGAUGAUGAGAAAUAUGAUAUUGAUCUUUAAGGUAAUAAGUUAUAUAAAAUAUUUCAGAUAAUGCAAUUUUUAUUACAAACAAAACAAGUUUUGUUUCCCUACUGUUUCAAUGUAAAGUAUAUCUUCUGCAUCAAUCAAUUAUACUUAGUAAAAGACCUGUUUAAUAUUUUAUAUUUUUUUUGUUGGAGACUAUAAGUUAUAUAUAUAAAUGCUGCAUUGGUGUAUUGUGUAAAUGAAUAGUGGUAUGUAGCUUUCUGAUUAUCUCCUCUUAUGCUUAAGCACGGUUUUUUCUUCUAUCUGUAAGUGUAAUGUAAUAUUCAAUUUGUAUCUAGUCUUGUGCAAUUGUUAAUUAUACUGUUAUUUCUGC